CUUCCGUGUUUACUAGCUGACGAAACGUAGUGAAAUGAAAGUAAAAUCUGACGUGUUCUAUUGUUUAUCGCUGAUAUUAGGAUUUGGGAGUCGCUCUUUACUCAGCAGAGUCACGACACAACAUCCAAACGUAUGAACUUCAAACCAGAAGCUGUCAUUCAGAUAUUAUGAAUCGCAACAGACAAAGGGGAUUCAAUCUCGGCCUGCUCCUGCUGGCCUCUCAGGUUUUCCAGCUGGGAAUAGACAACAUCCCACCUGUCACUCUUGCAACACUAGGCCUCAACGUCUAUUUGUUCCUCUUUCCUGUCAAACCCCUCCUGCAGACGUGUUUGAGUGUUCGGGAGGUGUACUGGUACAGAGACUGGGGUCGUCUGUUGCUGUCACCGUUUCACCAUGUUGACGACAUGCACCUGUACUUCAACAUGGCCUCGCUCCUUUGGAAGGGCAUCAAGCUUGAGAAGAAGCUGGGAGGCGCCUGGUUUGCGUACCUGUUGUCUGUCUUCUCUCUGCUCACCGGAUUGGUCUACCUGCUCCUGGAGACAGGACUGACAAAGAUGACGGAAGACUCCUCGUACAGUCUACAGUGUGCGGUGGGGUUCUCAGGUGUUCUGUUUGGGCUGAAGGUGGUGAAUAAUCAUUAUCAUCCAGGCGGGGCCACGUACAUCAUGGGGAUGCCUAUAGCCAAUCGCUACGCCUGCUGGGUGGAGUUGGUCCUCAUCCAUAUCAUGAAUCCGGGGACGUCAUUUGUUGGACACCUGGCUGGAAUUCUGGUCGGGCUGCUCUACACGAAUGGACCACUGAAGAGACUCAUGAAAACCUGUGCAGGCUUUGUGACAUCUAAUGGGCAUUAUGGAGGGCAGCAGACAUACUACAAUUCAGCAGGAUACAGUGGAUAUGGCAUGCCAUAUCCUCCAAACACCCAUUAUGAACAGCAGUCAUUUAAUCACAGGCACUAUGGCGCCCCCUACAGGGGGCCGUACGACACACACAUGCCCUCUGCCCCGCCCCAGCAUCCCUAUACAGCAGGACUGUCAGAUGAGGAGCAGUAUGAGGCCGCUGUCAGGGCCAGCCUGAACGACAGAGGUGGUUCUACACAGGCUAGAUCUUCACGUGGCACUUAUUCCCACUCGACCCCUGAAGAGAUCCGCUGGCGACGGCUUCAGAGAUUUACCAGCUGAGCGCUUGGAGAACCUUGGAUAAUACUACUAGAUCGUUUACAUUGAACGCAGCACUAAACAACCAAUCAGAGCUACUAGAGAAGAUUCUUCCACUUGGUUGUGUCAUUGUAUAGCAUUUAUGAUGUCAUCAGUGGAUCCCCUCUAAUGUGUGUCUGGUUUCCAAGACUGCUGCCUGUAUUUCUAAUUGCAAAAAGUUUGUACAAACAUUUGCUUUUGCUUGUACAAACAAACAAAUGCUGCUCUUAAUGUAUUUAUGUAAAAAGUCUAACAUUCAUGAGGUGAACAUCCAUGACACAUGGUUGUAGAUACGAGUGCCUUUUGCAUGAUGUUGAAUCCACAGUAAGUCUUACUUUUUUUUUUUUUUUGUAAAUCUUAUCUAGCACAUAUGGUUAUUUCCAAACAACUUUUCUUCUUAAGUAACUUAUACUUUGUUUCACAAGAAAGUAUAUUUUUGUAAGCAAAGAAUAAACCAUGCUUUUUCUGA